GAUUGCGUCAUUGGGAAAUAAAGACAAUAACGCAAAAACAAAAAACAAGUCGUAGUAUUCGAUUGUGUGUAUUUCAAUUUCUUGAUAUCGCAGAAAUUUCAGUGUAUAAUAAAUCUCAAAAUGAAAUUCCAAUAUAAAGAGGAGCAUUCCUUCGAGAAAAGGAAGACUGAAGGAGAGAAAAUACGCAGGAAGUAUCCGGAUAGAGUUCCAGUUAUUGUUGAGAAAGCUCCAAAGGCUAGGCUGGGAGAUCUCGAUAAAAAGAAAUAUUUAGUUCCGUCUGAUUUGACAGUUGGACAGUUUUACUUCCUCAUUAGAAAACGCAUCCACCUAAGGCCAGAAGACGCGUUGUUCUUUUUUGUGAACAAUGUAAUCCCUCCUACGUCGGCCACCAUGGGCUCACUUUACCAAGAACAUCACGACGAAGAUUUUUUCCUCUAUAUAGCCUUUUCUGAUGAAAAUGUUUACGGAAAUAUCUAAAUUCCACUACUUAUUUCAUUUCUAAACCAUAAUUAUCUUUUGUCAAUAUGGUGGUAAAUAAGAUUUAAGACUUAGCUUAUUGAUUAAUGUCUUACGUUACAAAGGUGAUAAUUAUUGAUUUUAAUUUGCAAUUUUAAGAAUUCAAUGUGUUUAUAGUAACUUGAAUCAUUGUAGAAAAUAAACAUUGCUUUGUUCAAAAUUCUCUGUUUGGUUUAGGAGUGUGAUUAUAUCUGUACCAAAAUAAAUGCUAU